GGCGAGGAGGGUAGGUUGAGCCAGUAGCUGGCAGGUGAGACGGCUGCUUUUACAGCGCACGAGAGACGGUGCUGGCGAAUCGUUUCUUGGAAUUUGGACUGUGGGUUGAAAACACAAGUAAAACGAGUGAAGGCAGCUUUAAAAACAGCAUUUUAUUAGUUAUCUCGACAGGCGCGGCAGAUAAAGGUACACACGGGUCAGUAAUGAACAAGUUACGGCAGAGCUUUCGACGGAAGAAAGAUGUCUAUUUGCCAGAGUCAAGUCGCCCGCACCAGUGGCAGACUGAUGAAGAGGCGGUGCGUAGUGGGAAAUGUAACUUUACUGUCAAGUAUCUUGGUUAUGUGGAAGUUGAUGAAUCCCGUGGAAUGCACAUUUGUGAAGAUGCAGUGAAGAAGCUGAAGACGGACAGGAAGUUCUUCAAAGGCUUCUUUGGAAAAGCUGGAAAGAAGGCUGUGAGAGCUGUCCUCUGGGUUUCAGCAGAUGGACUCAGGGUUGUCGAUGAUAAAACAAAGGACCUGAUUUUGGACCAAACAAUAGAAAAGGUGUCCUUUUGUGCACCCGACAGAAACUUUGAUCGAGCUUUCUCCUACAUCUGCAGGGAUGGUACAACACGUCGCUGGAUAUGCCACUGCUUCAUGGCUGUGAAGGACUCGGGAGAACGUCUGAGCCAUGCUGUAGGUUGUGCUUUUGCUGCCUGCCUAGAAAGGAAGCAGAAGAGGGAGAAAGAAUGUGGAGUAACAGCAACUUUUGAUAACAACAGAACUACUUUCACCCGGGAGGGAUCUUUCAGAGUAACCACAGCAACCGAGCAAGCAGAGAGGGAAGAAAUAAUGAGGCAAAUGCAGGAAACCAAGAAAGUGGAAGUGGAAGUGAAGACCCCAGCUCCACCUAUAACAACAGCUCCCUCCAUAGUGAACCCAAUAGCUUCAACUGCCACCUCAGCGUCUCCUGUCUCCUCUCCUCAGACAGGUGUCUCUCAGGAUACUAACCCACAUGCUAUCCCACGACGACAUGCACCUAUGGAAGCCCUUGCUCGCCAAGGUUCUUUUAGAGGUUUCCCUGCCCUGAGUCAGAAAACAUCUCCUUUCAAAAGGCAGCUGUCUCUACGUAUGAAUGAACUGCCAUCCACAAUGCAACGCAAAUCAGACUUCCCCAUGAAGAACUCUGUCCCCGAGGUAGAGGGCGAGGCAGACAGUAUCAGCUCCUUGUGCACCCAGAUUGCCACUGCCUUCAUUGCUCCCCCUGAAGAUCCCUUCUCUUCAGCGCCCAUGUCCAAGCCUGUAUCCUCUCCACAGUCUCCAGCUUCUCAAGUGAAUGGUGCUGCUGUGCCUGGAUUACCACUGCCUCAUGAUAACUCAGCAGGUACCGCUGUCCUGAUCCCCCCACCACUACCUGCUCGUGACACCAACCCCUGGGCACAAGGUCAAGUUGGCACUGCUGCACUGGCUGUCCCGGCUCCACCUAUUAAGGCUGGCGAGUGGAAGAAUGAAGUUACGACAAACCCCUCUGUCCCUAUUGCAAUAACAUCAACAACAGUAAUGGCGGCAGCAGGGUCGAAUCACAAAAGAACUCCCUCAGAAGCGGAUCGCUGGUUAGAAGAAGUAUCAAAGACGAUUCGAGCUCAACAGCACCCACAAAUGGCUCCUUCUGGAAUGAGCAUACCACCACCUAUACAGCAAUUUCCUGUCGGAACCUUCAUGGCUCCUCAACCUCCUGUCGUUCCUUUGAUUCCCCCAAGACAUCAACCAGCCUUCAUCCCCACUCCUGCCCAGAGCUACCCAGUGGCUAAUGGCAUUCCCUAUGCUCAUCCCAGCGUCCCUGUGGUUGGCAUCACCCCGUCUCAGAUGGUUGCACAUGUUUUCGGCACAGCCACACACCCGCAGAUGGCCUCCCAGCCGUCCCCUGUCAAUUUCUCCAAACAGAGCUCUUUUCCUCAGUAUGAUGGAAGGUCGAGCGCCAGUCCAUUCUUCAAGCCUGAGCAGCAGCCUCAGCAUCUGAAUGGCACUGCCACGUUUAAUGGUGAAGAUAGCUGGGGACAGCCUACGCUUGCACAGCAGGUGGAUCCCUUUGAAGCCCAGUGGGCAGCACUUGAGAGCCGAUCCCGGCAGCGCACUUCUCCUUCUCCGACAAACCCCUUUUCUAGUGAUUUGCAGAAAACUUUUGAGAUUGAACUUUAGAACGGAUUUGAGUUAGGAAAGUCUUAACUCAUUAACUUGAAAACUGCAGUAUAGAAAAUUAAAAUAUAAAUCAUAUAAUAUAUUGGAGGUGGCAAAUGGGAAUGAGGAUCUGCUUUGCUCCGUGCUUUGUUUUUUUUGUUUUUUAGCUGUUUAAAUUCCCAGAGCAGUAUCUGAUACCUACAUGAGAAGAGACCUGUGGAUCUGAAGCGUUUAAAACUUCUGUUUAAUUUGGAGUCCGUUUAACCUACGAGUGCCCGCUUUCUUUGGUCUGAUUUCUUUUUGAAUGAGUUAAGGUGAUAUCAGGACCCCCGUUUAUGUUAAGAUACCAGAGACCUGAAGAGCUUCCAUUUUAAACUUGAGACUUAAAGAAAUGAGAAUGCCAAAUGUUUAUUUUUAUGCAUUUAGUGUAUAUUUUAAAUAGCUGAGAAAUUUAACAGGAAGAGAUGUAAGUAAUCUUGCCAAAGGUAAGCUAACCGCUGCGUGACACGUGUAUACUGUAUAUAGAGCUGAUUUAUCUCUGAUUCUGUUGUAAGUGAGAUGGGGUGGGGGGGGUAGGGGAGGGUAUUGUUGUCCUCUGAUUGGACGUUUCCUGUUCUACUGUUAGUUGUUUGAAAUUGCAGUAACAAUCAUAACCACUUGAUAGCGCACCUGUAUCUCUGUUAAGAGCAGUAUUGUCGUGGUGGCUUGAAUCCAGGUUUUUUGUUUUUUCUUUUUUUUUUCUUUUUGUUAAGUCUUAAAUGUAUUUUUAUGGAUUUUUAACACUAUUGUCAAUUUAGUGGUCUAUUUUUUUUUUUCUAAAAUUGCAUUUGCACAAGGUUAAAAUGUUGAAGAAUUAGGGCUUUUUAACCCGUAAAUAGUUCUAGAGCAAAGGUUUUAACCUUUGAAAAAUGUUUAAAAAUCUGAGUGUGUGCUGAUGACAUACACGAUACACACGCAUGUACGGUGUACAGGAAGAAGGAAGCUUUUCUUUCCAUUUGUUCUAUUUCAGUAUAAGCCUUACAAUCACUGUAAUCAGGUUUUGACCAGAUUGAAUAAAGAAUGGUGAUAGAAAACAA